CUAAGAUAUCCCAAGAAGUCCUUGCAAGCUUUAAAAAGGGAUAUGUGCAUGAUGGUGAGGUCUUUCUUCAAUGGAGACAAACAGUGCAGCUGAGGCAGAAAGGAAUUACGGUCAGCAGAUAAUUAGGUUUCUUAAAUAGGUGUCAAGACAACACUCCUGUGAAACUAGCAUCUGCAAAACUUUGUUAGAAGUUCCAGUAUUUUUUUUAAUUGGAGAGGAUUUUUUUUAAAAAAAAUCUGGAAGCUGAAAUAGCUAAGGCAUCUGCUUGGGCAACAUUGUGAAAUGUUUAUGCCCUGAAUUGCUGAUAAAAUGUGUUUGGCUAACAGAGGCUCAUAGAGACUUCGCAAGCGGCAAGAGCUAUAAAUUAAAUUGUCACUGGUUGUCUUUCCAAGUCCUGGUUGGAGGUGAAACUUAAGAUGGCAUUUGAUGUGCUUCCCCAACCCCCACUUUAAGAAGACUGAAGGACUUAGAAAUGGGUCCUGACAGCAACUUUUGUUACAAUAAAUAAGAGAGAUUGGAAAAGUGUAGUCAUGCUUGGGAUGUCUCUGUAGCGGAACAGCAACAAACAGAAGCAGAAAAAAAAGCAAACUUCUUUCAGAGUUUUUUGUUUUGUUAAUCUGUCCUGAUGGAAGGAGAGGCAGCAGGGAGCUCAAUGCCAGCCAGCAAAACAGCAGCCAGCAAAAUUGUCCGGAUAGCCCUUGGUGUGUUUGUGAGUAGCACAGUUGUGCUUGGCAUUGCACUUUUCCUGGCUUGCCAAGGCCUUCUAAAAUUUCAUCCUAAGCAACAGAUUUGCUUGACACCUGAAUGCAUUGAAGCAGCUGCAUCCAUCAUGAGCAAGUUAAACACAUCAGUGGAUCCCUGUGAUAACUUUUUCCGGUUUGCAUGUGAAGGAUGGAUACAGAACAAUCCCAUUCCUGAAGAUUCCUCAAGUUAUGGAAUUUAUCCUUGGCUGAGGCACAAUGUAGACCUCAAAUUAAAAGCCCUCCUUGAGAAACCACUGAGCAAAAGACGUGACAGUGAAGCUGCCCAGAAGGCCAAAAUACUUUAUUCUUCAUGUAUAAACGAGAAUAAGAUAGAAAAGGCUGAUGCAAAACCUCUUUUAAACUUGUUGAAACAUUCUCCAUUCCGCUGGCCUGUUCUGGAAUCAAAUCUUGGGCCUGAAGGAUUGUGGUCAGAAAGAAAAUUCAGCAUGCUCCAGACCUUGGCUGCUCUUCGUGGCCAAUAUAGCAAUUCUGUUUUCAUCCGACUAUAUGUGGGUUUUGAUGAUAAGAUCUCUAAUGAACACGUCAUAAAGCUAGACCAAGCAUCACUCUCCUUAUCAGCACGAGAAGACUACCUAGAAAACACUACAGAAGCUAAAUCUUACAGAGAUGCCCUGUUGCAAUUCAUGGUGGAUACUGCUGUGCUUUUGGGUGCCAAUGCAUCGCGUGCAGAGAUGGACAUGAAGUCUGUGCUUAAGUUGGAAGUAAAAAUUGCAGAGAUAAUCAUUGCACAUGAGAAUCGAACCAGUGAAUCUAUGUACAACAAAAUGAACUUAUCAGAGCUUACCACCAUGAUACCACAGUUUGAUUGGCUGGGGUAUAUUAAGAAGGUGAUUGACACUAAGCUCUAUCCUCACCUUAAGGAUAUAGAUGCUUCAGAAAAUGUGAUUGUUCGUGUGCCCCAGUACUUCAAAGAUUUGUUCAGAAUACUAGAAAGUGAAAGAAAAAAGACUAUUGCCAACUACUUGGUAUGGAGAAUGGUUUAUGCAAGAAUAUUUAACCUCAGUCGACGUUUCCGAUAUAGGUGGCUGGAAUUUUCAAGGAUAAUUCAGGGGACGACUUCCUUAGAGCCUCAAUGGGAUAAAUGUGUAAACUUUGUGGAAAGUGCUCUCCCUUAUGUUGUUGGCAGAAUGUUUGUAGAUCUUCAUUUCCAAGAAGACAAGAGGGAAAUGAUGGCAGAGUUGACUGAAGGGAUUCGUUGGGCUUUUAUAGACAUGUUGGAAAAGGAAAAUACUUGGAUGGAUUUAGAAACCGAAAGAAAAGCUAUUGAAAAGGCAAAAGCAGUCAUGGCAAAAGUGGGUUAUCCAGAGUUUAUAAUGAAUGACACAUACAUUAAUGAAGCCAUCAAAACAAUGAAGUUUUCAGAAGCUGACUAUUUUGGCAAUGUACUUCAGACUUACAAGCAUGCAGCACAGUCUGAUUUCUACUGGCUGAGAAAAGAAGUUCCGAAAACAGAGUGGUUUACUAGUCCCACUACAGUCAAUGCCUUUUAUAGCUCAUCUACAAAUCAAAUCAGAUUCCCAGCAGGAGAACUCCAGAAGCCGUUCUUUUGGGGAGCAAAAUAUCCCAGGUCUUUAAGCUAUGGUGCCAUUGGAGUAAUUGUUGGGCAUGAGUUGACACAUGGAUUUGAUAAUAAUGGGCGUAAAUAUGACAAGAAUGGAAAUUUGGAUCCUUGGUGGUCUUCAGAAUCAGAAGAAAAAUUUAAAGAGAGAUCAAAGUGCAUGAUCAAUCAGUACAACAGCUAUUACUGGAAGAAUGCUGGCUUAAACAUCAAAGGGAAGAGAACACUGGCAGAAAACAUCGCAGAUAAUGGAGGUUUGCGAGAGGCUUUCAGGGCAUAUAGAAAGUGGAUUGAAGAAAAGAGGCAAGGAGCAGAGGAGUCCCUAUUACCUGGCAUUGAUUUCACCCACAAUCAACUCUUCUUUCUGAGUUAUGCUCAUGUGAGAUGUCAUUCUUUCAGACCAGAAGCUGCCAGAGAGCAAAUCUAUACUGGAGCUCACAGCCCUCCUCAGUUCAGAGUUAUCGGUGCCAUGAGUAACUUUGAAGAGUUCCGAAUAGCUUUUAGCUGCCCAGGAAAUACUACAAUGAAUCGUGGUGCUGACUCCUGUCGGCUCUGGUAGUACCUCGCAGGAAUCCUGCGCUGAAAUCACUCACUCCUUUCAGCCAUGCCAAACUGUUGAAGAGCUCCUGCUACUUCAGAGCACUGUUGCAGUCUAUGGACUAGUUUUGCUUUUAACAUACCUUGUGAGCUGGGUGGGUAACCAACCUGCCCAAUGUAAUAGUUGGCUUAUUUAAGAUUUUUAAAAUAUAGGACAUAGAAAAAUGAAAGCCUUAUUGAAGAAACAUAUAAAGAUGGGGCUUCUUAUGGAUUGUUUCAAUAAUACAUUCUAAUCCAAGACAUACACCCUGAUUAUUGUGUAUGAUUGCUUGGAAGUAAAUCCUGCUGCAUUCAGUGAGUCUUACUCACAGGUAAAGGAUAUAGAGUUUUAGGUUAACAAGACUUAAAUGGCACACUACUGCUUUUCAGAAGAAAAAAAGAAAAGAAACUUGGGUGCCUACAGUGAUAAUCUGAAAGGAAAUGAUGGCACAUCCACAUUAAGAACAUACAUGUUUGUGUUUACAUAGUACAUCUUGACCUGCUGUUGCAGUCUUCUACACAAAGUCUAUAUAUGAUUUGAAGCUUUUCUCCCUACUUUUCCUUAAAUCCAAAAGCAGUUUGGGGGGAUACUGAGUAGGAAUAGGAAGAAUAACAGUAUGUAGUGAGAUGGCUUCUCCUUUUUCACAAGCAUCCUUUUUGUUUAGAAUUCUACCUCCCCACCUACAUCUACCUGCUUCUCCCUCCAUGCAUCCUACCUAUUUUAGACUUUAAUCAUACAGGUUCUUUUUCUUUCUUUCUUCUAUGAAUGUGUAUGGAAACAGGUACAUUUGUGCACACACUAUAUUUAUUGCUUCAGUAGUAAUUUGGAGACAAAACCUCUGCCAGGAUAUUAAAAAAACACUUCAUCAUUUUCUUUACUGUUAUUUUUCACAUAGCUUUAGCUUGCCCCUUAAUUUGACCAAACCCUAGCUAGUAUGUACCUACUGGAGCUGAGAACAAAUCAAAACUAAACUGGUUUAUUCAGCGGUAGGAAUUGCUAUAACAAGAACACUGGUUAAAUCUUUCACAUGUGUACAUCUUGGAAUUUGAGCCAUCAUUUGUUUGCAGCCUUUUGAUGUGAUCCUAAUUAAAUAAAAUAGCUGUGAAAUAUAUAAUUUGGAUUCAGAAAAGGUAACCUUACUCAUUAGGGAUGCCAGCUUUCAGGUGGGGAUCUUCCAGAAUUACAGCUUUUCUUUAGACUACAGAAAUCAGUUCCCUUGGAUAAAAUGGAUGCUGGGGGGGGGGGGUCUGUUUGGUGUUGUACCCCCCUGAGGUUUCUGAUCCCCCCAGCUCCACCCCAAAAUCUCCAGUAAUUUCCCAACCUGGAGCUGACAACUGUACCCACCAGUGGCCAGGGGGGAUCUGGCAACUUUAUUCCUGAUGCUGGCAAAGGCCUGGGCUUUUGCUAUGGUAUUAUAGGCCUUUUUUACAUUUACUUUUAGCAAAGUGGUGCCACUGUCCUACAAUUUCUCUCAAACUGAUCUGUGUAUGUCCUAGCACACACAUUCUGUGCUAAAAGUAUAAAUACACUCUGAGGCAGAUACAAGACCUUAGAAAGGUUCAUGAUGUUGCUUCCAUACACAAAUAUCAGAUUGGACAUCAUAGUCAGAAUCAUUUGCAUAUCUGGACUAACAUAAAUGAGGAGCCAAAUCACCAUGAAGUCACUUUGGAAGUAUCACUCCUUGGGACAAAGUUAUGUGUAAAAGUAAUCUUUGCUGGAAUUUUAUUUUCCCUACAAUUUUUCUGUUGUGUAAGUUGCAGAACUGUUUCAAGAAUAAUGUUUCAGUAGAAAAACAAAUGUUUUCAGAAUAUUGCAUACAUUUUUGUACAUUUAUAUGGGAAAGUAUUAAAUGCUAAUUUGUUUGAAUACAGGAAUUUUGUAAAUUAUAUCCUAUAAUAAAAGCUUUUCAGAGCA